AAUUAUGAGUAAUGCUCGCAAUUGUUACAAAAUUGUUUCAACAGCAGAACAACUAAAGUGCAAGUGGCAGAACAAACAAAGCAAGCAACAGAUGCUAAGGAGAAAAAGUAAACAAUAAAAGGGAACCCAGGAGUACAGAUCUAAGUAACGGCAAAACGCAAAGCAAGCGAAGAAGAGGCAGAGGCUGCAGUGAAAAUGUCCAAGGCUGUCAACAAUAUGGGCAUGAGCAUUGUAGAGCCUCAGGAGCGCAUUAAGCACCUGUCGCACUACGGCAACCUCAUCGAGGUGGACAGGAACAUGCCAGUGACGCGCUACUAUCGUUCCGGCACCGAAAUGCUACGUAUGGCAAAUGUGUACCUAAACGAAGGCAACCAUGAAAACGCCUUCAUACUGUACUUGCGUUACAUGACCCUGUUUAUUGAGAAAAUACGCCAGCAUCCUGACUAUCCGAGCAUCAAGUCUGAGGUGAAGGCCAUCAAUAAGCGCAUCAAGGAUGAGAUUAUGCCCACCACGGAGAAGCUGCGCGCCAAGCUGCUGUCCCACUAUCAGCGCGAGUAUGAGCAAUUCCUGGCCAACAAGGAGGCGGAACGUGCUCGCGAGCUAGAGCGGGAACGUCAGCGACAAAAGGAGCUUGCCAACAGAGAGGCAGCAGGCUCGACUGUGCCCUCGCUCAUACCCGCCAAUCUGCAUGUUCAAAUUGAUGUUAAUAAUCAACCUACUGCGCCGGAUCUGACUCUGCUUGAUCAGGUUGUGUAUCCUAAUGACUUUCCCACGGGCGCCAAUCGCACGAAUUUGCCCAAUUCGGGCCUCCUGCUGCCGACGGGGGACACUAAUGUAGACAAGACGGCUAAUGCACAUGCGACGAAGCCCAUUUUCGAUCGUAGUCAAAAACCGCAAUAUAAUCGGUCGGACUCUCUGCUCGCUGGCUCCUUGAGAACGGUCAACGUACCUGGCGACACCAUGGAUGUAUUUUUGAAGCUGGCCCAGGCCAACACCUCCAAAAAUAUUGAAACAUGCGGCGUGCUGGCCGGCCAUCUGGCACAUAACCAGCUCUACAUCACGCAUAUCAUCACGCCCCAACAACAAGGCACUCCAGAUAGUUGUAAUACCAUGCAUGAAGAACAGAUAUUUGAUGUGCAAGAUCAAAUGCAACUUAUUACCCUGGGCUGGAUACAUACCCAUCCAAGCCAGACUGCAUUCCUAAGCUCCGUGGACUUGCACACACAUAUGUCAUACCAAAUGAUGAUGCCUGAGGCUAUUGCCAUUGUUUGUGCGCCAAAGUACAAUGCCACUGGAUUUUUUAUACUCACACCACAUUAUGGGCUAGACUAUAUAGCGCAAUGUCGACAGACGGGCUUUCAUCCACAUCCCAAUGAUCCGCCGUUGUUCAUGGAGGCGCAACACAUCAAAAUGGACAACAAUUCCAAGGUUAAAGUCAUCGAUCUACGCAGAUAGUAUGCUGAAUGCUUAGUCUAAGAGCAGCCAAACUUAAGAGCUACCAUAAACACGCCUGGAGUGGUCGAAGAUGCAGCGAAUUUACAAAAUGCAAAGAAGAAACUCAUAGAAAACUCACAGAAACAAGAAAAACAGCAAGAGCUUAAACGCUUUCUACACAAAAGUUGUUGCAACUCUGCAACUUAUUAGUUCUGACAAGUCUAAAUUGUUCAAAAUUUUAAGUAUACUGAAGAUAAAUAGCUAUGGAAGAUAUACACAAUUGGAUUGCAAAAAGUGCUUUAUAUACAUAUAUAAAGACGAAAGGACAGAUAACAGAGAUUAUGAUAUUAAAAGGCAUGUUAACACACUUAGGCAGAAUAUAAGCGUAGUGAAUACGAGAGUCGAUAUUUUCGAAAAAUGUAUUUUUGCAAGCACAAGAAAGAUGUUAGAAUGUGGCUAGAGAAGGCAGCAGUAAAGCUUUUAAUUCCCCUUCGUCCUCACAAAAACACCACACCAACACCAACCAACUUUGCUUUGAACCUAAAAUUCACUUAGAAACUUUAUGUGAUUUACAAUUGUGGCUUAAAAUUUUAAUUUGUUGUUAUUACUGCUUAUACGCAUUACUUAGGCAAUUAUUGUAUUUCUGAACUGUACUGCAUAUGCAUUCUCGCAUUUUCAAACUAUGUAUACACAUAUACACACACUCACACACCAACACUCAGCUAAAACAAAACUAUUUAUUGAUAAUAUGUAUUCAUAUUAAAUACUAUUAUGUGCUACUUACUACUAUUUAAAAAGCAAAAA